GUCAUAGGGUGCAACAACGUCACCAGUAUUAUCAUCCACUCAACCCAAACCAUAUAAGGAUCCCAAUUCCCUUUCUCGAUCAGUUCUCAAUUAUAAUCAGAAUUACAACACAAUAUCUCAAGUUGAAAAAGUCAUCAAUCUAUACGCCACCUGAUCUCUUUCGAUCUAACUUCUACAAACCUAUCUACCUACAACACAACACGUACACAAAAUGUCCGAACAGACCUUCCACACAACCACUCAGGAUAUCCGCAAGCCUGAAUCCAAGAUUUCCCAAGCUCACCAGGGAAACCCCCCUAAGGACUCAGAUGUUUCGGCUAUGAAGUCCGUCCUCAGCGACAACGCCAACAAGAAGGAGCAGAUUGACAAGGCCAAGUCCAACCUGCCUCUACCUGAUCAACCCCCAGUCGCCAGCGACUGGUCAUCCGCCGACCAGAGGACCGUCAACGUUGGUUCGGGCGGUCUCGAGGGACCGAUCUCUGGCGAGGCCAACAGUGCUCUGAGAGAGCCGGCGACCGCUGGAAGCAGUGUUCGUGAAGAUGGAGCGGAGUUGCACAAGAACACCCAGCCAACGGGCAAUGUUGGCCGUCAGGCAGCGGAGAACCUGAGUGGUCUGCCCAAGGAUGCUUUGGCGCGGUAAUUUUUGAUAUCGGGAGUUUGAAUGGGUAACGGAAUGUAGUAUUUGGGCAUAAUAUAUUAUGAG